AUGCCCAACGCAUCACGGAAAAGACGGCGCCGACAGCAAACAGGCAACCAGACAGGCGGGCCCGUGGCUUCGUCAUCAUCAUCAUCACCACCACCACCGCUAUCAGCCGCAGCAACACCAGCACCGCCACGGGCGAUUCCGGGGUUUGUGUACGACGCAGAGAAGAAGCGGUACUUUCCUAUCACUAGCAGAGCAGCAAAUGCAGUUGAGCAACGUGCUGAGCAGCGUGAAAAACAGCGGGUGGAGCGUAUCGCCCGAAAGCAACAGCAAGAAAAGAAGCGGCAUAGCAGUAUGUCGCAGUGGUCACGACCCGCUAUACUACGGCACCGAGCAGCGUUAGCGGUGCCAGCAACAGCUGCCAACUGCUGGCUGCGGUUCGCAGGCAUGCAGGCAACCCGGCAGGUCAGACACCACAACCAGCGGUCUCCGAUCACCGCUCUGUUUGCGUCAACGGUGCCGAAUGGCAGUACGAUACUGUAUGUGGGCAGGCGCAACGGUGCAGUGACACCCAUGGGGCUGACAGCAGAAGGCGAGGUGGACAGCGCCUUUAGAGACAUGGUGCUCAAUGGUCCAGUCACCAGUAUCCAGGAGCUGCGGCCCAGCGCGUUGCUGCUCGCAGCCAUGGGAAACUCGAACUCGGCUGGCGGGCUCACCGUCUACAACACCAACACUGCAGACGCUGCCGAGCACCUUCCCCUCUCGCACACGUACCCCGAUGCCUCUGUGUUUUGUGCAAGCAGGCUCACCGACGCAGCCUCUAAUCGUGUAGCCGUUGGUCUCACCGAAAAGGCAGUCGUCAGCACGGUCUCCAGCACGCGGAUUCACGAUAUCUUCGAUGCCACCACAGGCUCGGAUAUCCUAAGCACAUGUUUUCUUGAUAACAAGUCUCUGUUUGCGUGCGGCGGGCGCGAUGGGCGGAUCCGGCUUUUCGACCUACGGCUUAACGCCAAGAAGCAGAGCCGCACGCGUGGACUGCUCUCCUCAGACGACGUUCGGCACGCAUCGUGCGUCUAUGCAGUCAGCUUCUGUCAGGAUCUGCUGGUAACUGCUGGCACCGACAACGCGGUCCGGCUCUGGGAUAUCCGGAUGCCAAAGGCAUGGGACGAGAGCAUGAUGUACAGCCAGCAGCGCCAGUCGGUGCUGGCCGUGCACCAGCGGCCCACUGUGCAGAAUGUGGGUACCAUAUCGUGCCAAACGCGUGCAGCGGUGGGGCUGGGCCUAUGGGCACACAACGAUGUCAUUGCGGCCGCCAGUGUGGACAACAUAGUCCAGCUAUGGCGGCUGCCAGGCGCCGAGCCGCUGUGUUCGUUUUCACUGCCUGCUGCUGGCGGUCCCUGCACAGCAAUCCAUGUAGGGUUUUCCCAGUGGUCUGUGCCGACCACAUUUGCGGCCCAGGGCGACAACGUGUUCGUUUUUUCGCACCGGCCAGCGUGA